AGAGAGAGGGAGGGAGAGAGAACAGGCAGAACCUGAUAUGUAAAUGAGCAGAGCAAAUGAAAGUAACUUUUGACGACCUGAUGAUCAUCCAGACUCUGUUUCUAUUGAGAGAUAAAAGGCUGGUUGAAUGAGUUGCCUAUGAAAGCUACUUCAUCUGUAAGAAAACAUACGGCUGCACCAGUGACAAUAUGGAAAGUGUGGAUUCAAGUGUGGAUUCAAGUGUGGACCUGCUCUCUGAUGGACUGGAGACUCUGAGUGUGGAACAUGGUGGAGAGAACAGAAUGAAACCUGGACUUAGAAAAUAUGUCUGUGAUCUCACACUGGACCCAAACACAGUAAACAAACAACUCUCUCUGUCUGAGGAGAACAGAAAUGUGACACAUAGCGAAACGUUGACACCUCCUUAUCACUCAGAGAGAUUUGAGGACUGUAAACAGGUGCUGUGUAGAGAGGGUCUGACUGGGCGCUGUUACUGGGAGGUAGAGUGGAGUGGGAGAAGGGCUGGUAUAGGAGUGACAUAUAAAGGAAUCAACAGGAGAGGGGGGGGCAAUGCAUGUAAGAUUGGUGGGAAUAUGGAGUCCUGGAGUCUGGACUGCAAUAACACAAGUUACACUGUCUGGCACAAUAAUAAUCACACUAUCAUAGACGUCCCCUCCUCCAGCUCCCACAGAGUAGGAGUGUAUCUGGACUGGCCAGCCGGCACUCUGUCCUUCUAUAGAGCCUCCUCUGACACACUGACCCACCUGUACACAUUCACCUCCACAUUCACUGAGCCCCUCUAUCCAGGGUUUAGGCUUUAUACAAACUCCUCAGUGUCCCUGAAAAAAUUACCUGACACACAAACACACUGAACACACACACAGACUGGACUCACACACACACACACCGGACACACACACACUGGACACACACACACACACUG